AUAGUAUACCACCGAAUUACCCUAUUUCCCAAAUGGUGAAAGAAUCAUCGUAUGCCCCGGAAGAUAGACUGUUACGAACCAUACUUGGCAUGCGGGUAUAUACUUCAAAAGAAACUUGUCUAAAACUACCUAUAGGCGGUAGGGGUCGGUUUAUUGAUGUGAGAUGGGUCCAGAGUUCUAAGAUAGAUGAGACAGAGAAAACAGAAAGUAUUCGUGUAUAUAUUUUACAGAAACGUGAAAUAAAAGUAGGUGAUAAAGUAGCUGGAAGACAUGGAAAUAAGGGUAUCAUUUCAAAAAUUUUACCUAGACAAGAUAUGCCUUAUUUGCAAGAUGGAAGACCUGUUGAUAUGGUCUUCAAUCCAUUAGGAGUACCUUCGCGAAUGAAUGUAGGACAAAUAUUUGAAUCUUCGCUCGGGUUAGCGGGGGAUUUGCUAGACAGACAUUAUCGAAUAGCGCCUUUUGAUGAGAGAUAUGAACAAGAAGCUUCGAGAAAACUGGUGUUUUCUGAGUUAUAUGAAGCCAGUAAGCAAACAGCGAAUCCAUGGAUAUUUGAACCCGAGUCUCCAGGAAAAGGGUGGAGCAUGUGGUUUAAUUCGAUGCAAAGCGAAGAACCUUACCAGGGCUUGACAUGCCGCGAAUCCUCUUGA